UACCAUGGAGCCUUUAAGGCUAUUGAAGUCGCCACAUAUUCAAUCACACGUUUUUUUGUGCAACCGGCUUGUCGGAUACAAGAUUAAUUGAAAAUGGUGUUAGAUAUUGAAUUAUUCCGGUCGGAUAAAGGAGGAGAUCCUGAAAAAAUUAGACAAAAUCAAGCAAAACGAUUUAAAGACGUCACGUUAGUUGAUAAAGUCGUGGAACAUGACACUCAAUGGAGAAAAUGUAGAUACAGGGCUGAUCUGUUAAACAAGUUGAAAAAUGUGUGCAGCAAGGCUAUUGGAGAGAAGAUGAAGAAGAAGGAACCAGUAGGCGAGGAUGAGACAUUGCCCGAAGGUCUGCAAGAAGAUCUCGAAUCUGUCAAUCAGGAAAAAUUAGCUUCUCUCACAGUGACACAGAUCAAGAAGUUACGAGUGUAUAUUGACGAUCAGACAAAGCAGAAUGAUUCUGAUCUCACCAAACACGAGUCAGAGAGAAACGAGUCUCUCAAAGAAAUGGGCAACAUUCUCCACGAGUCGUGCAUUGUCUCAAAUGAUGAGGAUGAGAAUGGAAUUGAGAGGACAUCAGGAGAUUGUGAAAGUAAAAAGAAAUAUUCUCAUGUUGACCUGAUAGUGAUGAUAGAUGGGGUAGAUGAUACUAGAGGAUCCAGUGUAGCAGGUGGUAGAGGCUACUAUCUCAAGGGACCAGCUGUGUUUUUAGAGCAAGCACUGAUCAACCUAGCAAUGCGGUUAUUAAACGAGAAAGGUUACACCCCCCUGUAUACACCUUUCUUUAUGAGGAAAGAGGUGAUGCAAGAGGUGGCUCAACUCUCACAGUUUGACGAGGAACUGUAUAAGGUCAUAGGUAAAGGAAGUGAAAAGCAGGAAGAUGGUAGUGUAGAUGAGAAGUACUUGAUAGCAACAUCGGAACAACCUAUUGCCGCCUACCAUCGUGAUGAAUGGGUUCCUACAGAAACCUUGCCCAUUAAAUACUGUGGUUACUCGACUUGCUUCAGACAAGAAGUAGGAUCCCAUGGUAGGGAUACUCGUGGCAUCUUCAGAGUCCAUCAGUUUGAAAAAGUUGAACAGUUUGUACUGACCUCCCCUCAUGACAACAAAUCAUGGGAAAUGAUGACAGAAAUGAUCACAAAUGCUGAGGAAUUCAACAAGCAGCUUGGAAUACCUUAUAGAAUAGUCAACAUAGUUUCGGGCGCUCUGAACAAUGCUGCUGCUAAGAAACUGGAUCUUGAGGCCUGGUUCCCUGGAUCAGGGGCAUUCAGAGAGUUGGUUUCCUGCUCAAAUUGUCUCGACUACCAGGCAAGAAGGUUAAAGGUCAGAUAUGGCCAAACCAAAAAGAUGAAUCAGGAGGUAGAGUAUGUACACAUGUUAAAUGCCACAAUGUGUGCCACAACUAGGGCCAUAUGUGCAAUCCUGGAGAACUACCAAGUUGAAGAUGGCGUGAUAGUGCCGGAAGUUCUACGUGACCUUAUGCCAUCACAAUACAAGGAAAAGAUUCCAUUUGUAAAAGCGGCUCCCAUUGAUGAGCAGGAAGUUAAGAAACAAAAGAAAAGUGGGAAGAAAGACAAACCGAAGGACGUAGCUGAGAAAAUGGACAAGAUGGCAAUAGGUGACAAUUAAAACCAUGACCAAUCAUUUAAUGAUUUUAUAUCACAACCUUUACAGUGUGAUGACAGACUUUUAAUGUUUGUGAAGAGAUAUAGUGGAACUAUGAAGUAUAUCAAUAAUACACAGCAGUUUUUGAAGUUUUGCAGUUUAAACAGACUUUCUUAGAAAGUAACGGUAUAGGUUCUUGACUUUUUGUUUUGAUUGUUUAAACUUUUUUGUUUUUUAGAUAUUUAAAAAAAAUUAAGAGACUUAGAUUUGACUCUACUAAUAAGUGUAUAUAAGAAUAAAUUUAGUAUCAGAUUUUCAUUGUAUGAUAAUGCAAAAUGAUUCUGGCACAUGAUUCUGGCACCUGUUAUAAGAAUGUGAGACAGGGCAAGCUGAAUUUCAAAUUAAGAAUAAAUUCUUUAAAAUUUUAAUAUAUUCAUGCACUCUGGUUCCAGGUCAGUGAUGAUACAGUGUUGAUUUACAUUCAUAAGGCCAUCCUUAAUAAUAUAUAUGUUUGCUAUUGCCGACCCAGAGUUAUAAGGAGUGGGUCGGUAGGUAGGCUUUUUUUUUUUUUUUGUUAUAUGAUUUUUACUGAACGUAAGUUAAUACGCUUAGUACGUUGUAGCAGAUUGUGGAAAUUUGGACUACGUACACUAUCAUCAUCGGCGACGGCAAAACUUACAUGUAAAAGACUGUCAAAAAACAAUAAAAAACAUGUUCACUAGUAAUCAUAACAUGAAAUAAAAAAAAUGACUAUGUGGACAUAAAUUCAAGCAUGGUCAAAUUACCGAUGUGAUAAACUUCUCCUGCGUAAAUAUUCCCGUACGAACUGGAAAAAUUAUAGUGGAUCACCAGGACAUAUCGUUUUAUCGGGUGAUCAUUACUCAAUUUAUUACACGUCUGUAAAAAAUAACACACGCAAGAUUUGUCUCCUAUAAUUUCUGAAUGGCGGAUAUUUGCACCCCUGUUUUAAAAAUGUUAAAAUAUUUCAUUGUUAGUUACCGAAAAUUAUCGCCGAUUGUUGAAAUUCCAUAGCGCUAAAAGACACAAAAACACUCGCGCAAAAAGUAGCAUCCAUAAAUAAAAGGAAUAUAAUGUUUCCAUUGUUAAAUAAUAAAUACAAAAUUUACACACGAAAUGACCUCUGACAAAUGACUGGUCGGCUCUUCUGAAGAAUCUGUGAAUCUUUGAUGUUUACACACCUGUAGUUGUUGCCGAAUCAUCAAAGAAGUGCCGACACUCAAUUGACUUCCACCUCAUUUUUAUAUAUCAGAAAAAAACUGUCAUUUCUUUUUGUCAAGGAAUGAUUACACAUGUUUAAUUAUUGCUCAAGUAAAAAAAAAUGUUGGAUAUUUAUUGUGUCAAUAUUAUUGACAUAUUAUUAAUCGGAAGUUCAUUUUGACAUGGAGUUUAAUUAGACGUAUGUAUAUUUGUGAUUUUGAUUGUGAUAUUUUAUUUACAUUUUUACGAUCUUGAAGAUAUUGUGCAAUACUUGUGUCUGCUAUCAAAGCAACAAUGCAUAUGAAAGGACCACAGCUUCCAAAAAUUUAUUUUUUCGGUCAAUUUUAUGACAGAAUCCCCGCUGCUACCAGAAAUGUUUCAUUGCAUGGGCUAAGUAUUUAAUCUGUGUCGGCAGUCAUCAACAAACGAACAUGUACUCCAAAGCACAUUAAAAUUACCACAUGGUAAACUAGUGACCAUAUAAAUGCUUUACAAAUAUUCAUUAAUUGAACAAACAUUAUUUUUAAUCCCGUUUUGAUACGUUCUAUUAUUAGUUAAUUCAACUUAAUUGCCGCGCGCAUGCAGUACUGCGUGACGUAAGGAAAAUAUCCUUCCCUGGUUGGUCGCUAUUUAUGUAAAUACUUUAAAUAGUAAUGCACAGAAUGCCCUCAUGAAUUAUCACUCGUUACUUUACAUAUUAAAUGUGUGAUUUUCCUCCGAUUUUAUUAUUGUUUUCGAGGGAAUUUUUUAGGUCGAAUGCCCUGGCUGAUUUGGCGGAAAUAAAAAAAAAUCUGAUUUUUUUAAGCUGAAAAAAACUUUUGAGUCGGGGCAUUUUCGGUGGGUCGGCCGGCAAUAGCAAACAGAUAAUUUUUUAAGAGUGGCCUAAGCCCACCUACGAACAUGGCAGAUUGACUUAGAAAGUUAGAGGUUAUUGUCUUAAGCAAUUGACUUGAAUUUCAAUAACUCUGUACUUAAAAAGGCAAGAUGCAACACUUAAUCAUUAUGAAGUAAAACAAUAAAGAUUAAUAUUUCAUGUAUAUUUGCAGGAAAAUAGAAAUAUCUUGGUACCAAUGAAGAAGAUGCUAACAUGAUCAUUUUAUCUAUUUUAGAAACCAAUUUUACAAACUCUUUUGUAAAUAAUAUUGUCUUUGAAAUUUCGUAUUCCUCUAGGUCUAAGGUGUAAAUGAUGAACUGUAAUACGAUAUUGAAUUCAUUUUCUGUUUACUUUUUAUUAAAAAGGAAAUUUUGAUU